AUGGUGGCCCUGUCACUCAAGAUAUGUGUCCGCCAGUGCAAUGUGGUGAAGACCAUGCAGUUUGAGCCCUCCACUCCAGUGUAUGACGCCUGCAGGAUCAUCAGGGAGAGGGUUCCGGAAGCCCAGACUGGCCAAGGUGAGAGAUGCCUAAAAAUUGGGGCAUAUGUCUGUAAAUGGGGCCUCUUUGAAUGUCAGAAAUCUUCACUUGCAUGAGGCUCAGUUGCACUAAGAGAAAAAAUAAAUGUGAAAACUACAUACAGUGAGGGAAAAAAGUAUUUGAUCCCCUGCUGAUUUUGUACGUAUGUCAAUAAUGUUAUAAAUUGAUUUGCAUUUUAAUGAGGGAAAUAAGUAUUUGACCCCCUCUCAAUCAGAAAGAUUUGUGGCUACCAGGUGUCUUUUAUACAGGUAACGAGCUGAGAUCAGGAGCACACUCUUAAAGGGAGUGCUCCUAAUCUCAGCUUGUUACUUGUAUAAAAGACACCUGUCCACAGCUUGGUGAGAAGGUGACAACAGUUGGUGCGAUUAUUCGCAAAUGGAAGAAACACAAAGAACUGUCAAUCUCCCUCGGCCUGGGGCUCCAUGCAAGAUCUCACCUCGUGGAGUUGCAAUGAUCAUGAGAACGGUGAGGAAUCAACCCAGAACUACACGGGAGGAUCUUGUCAAUGAUCUCAAGGCAGCUGGGACCAUAGUCACCCAAAAAACAAUUGGUAACACACUACGCCGUGAAGGACUGAAAUCCUGCAGCGCCCGCAAGGUCCCCCUGCUCAAGAAAGCACAUAUACAGGCCCAUCUGAAGUUUGCCAAUGAACAUCUGAAUGAUUCAGAGGAGAACUGGGUGAAAGUGUUGUGGUCAGAUGAGACCAAAAUGGAGCUCUUUCGCAUCAACUCAACUCGCCGUGUUUGGAGGAGGAGGAAUGCUGCCUAUGACCCCAAGAACACCAUCCCCACCAUCAAACAUGGAGGUGGAAACAUUAUGCUUUGUGGGUGUUUUUCUGCUAAGGGGACAGGACAACUUCACCGCAUCAAGGGGACGAUGGACGGGGCCAUGUACCGUCAAAUCUUGGGUGAGAACCUCCAGGGCAUUGAAAAUGUGUCGUGGAUGGGUAUUCCAGCAUGACAAUGACCCAAAACACACGGCCAAGGCAACAAAUGAGUGGCUCAAGAAGAACCACAUUAAAGUCCUAGAGUGGCCUAGCCAGUCUCCAGACCUUAAUCCCAUAGAAAAUAUGUGGAGGGAGCUGAAGGUUCGAGUUGCCAAACGUCAGCCUCGAAACCUUAAUGACUUGGAGAAGAUCUGCAAAGAGGAGUUGAACAAAAUCCCUCCUGAGAUGUGUGCAAACCUGGUGGCCAACUACAAGAAACGUCUGACCUCUGUGAUUGCCAACAAGGGUUUUGCCACCAAGUACUAAAUCAUGUUUUGCAGAGGGGUCAAAUACUUAUUUCCCAGCUCGUUACCUGUAUAAAAGACACCUGGGAGCCAGAAAUCUUUCUGAUUGAGAGGGGGUCAAAUACUUAUUUCCCUCAUUAAAAUGCAAAUCAAUUUCUAACAUUUUUGACAUGCGUUUUUCUGGAUUUUUGUUGUUGUUAUUCUGUCUCUCACUGUUCAAAUAAACCUACCAUUAAAAUUAUAGACUGAUCAUGUCUUUGUCAGUGGGCAAACGUACAAAAUCAGCAGGGGAUCAAAUACUUUUUUCCCUCACUGUAAUUACUUGUGUAAGUCGCUCUGUACUGAAUGCUGUAGUCAUAUCUGCUAAAAAAAAUGUCUAAAUUGUAAUGUAAAACAAGGCAUUAGAGUGUCUGAUCUCCAGUUCUGUUUCAGAGUGCAUGAAAAUGAUACAAACGGUUCAGAGCUGUUUAAGCAGGAGAUAAAACCCCAUGUCACGCACAGCAUGGCUUUCUGACUACAGAAAGACAGGAAACAGUUUCAAAGCCUUACAGUCUAUGCUCUCUGUCUGAGGAGACUGGUUCGAUCUGGGUCUGUGGGCGGUGUUCCUCCCUUGCGGAGGUGUCAGUUAGGCAGGCUGGAGAGGCUCUCUGUGGUGUUAGAUAGUCAGGCUGGAGAGGCUUUUUAAGCUGUGAGCUCUCAUUAGGCUUUAGAACAGAUGUAUAUCAGCUAGAGAGUCUGAUGUGCAGCCAUGAUACCCUUCUUUCCCAACUGAAUGUCAUUAUAUGGAUUAUUCAUAGGAAUGUCAAUGAGAUCAGAAUAAGAGGCAUCCUCUGCAUCAUGAAACAGUAUCUACAUGAGAUGCAGUCAAAACAUUGUUUUGUCAAAAUAGACAGUAGUAUCUUUCAUUUGGACAGCCAGCAACAUGUGUACUCUUUGGUGGCUCAUACUAUUUAAACAGUCAAUCAAGCAACUGUUCCCAUUAUUUCUCUAAUAUACGUAAGUUCUCUCUGUGUCUCUGUUUCAGCCUCUGAUUACGGCCUGUUUCUCUCUGAUGAUGAUCCCAGAAAAGGAAUCUGGUUGGAGUCUGGGAGGACUCUGGAUUACUACAUGCUCCGGAACGGGGUAAAGCCCAAUCAUAGAGCCCAAUCAGACCCCUGGACCACACCUCACUCAGUUCUAUUUAAAUCUGAAGCAGUGUUGAGAAGUCUGUGGAAGAUCUGACUUAGAUUUUCUACUUACAUACAGAUGUUUAGGUGUUCUCUUCUUGGUUUAUGUCACAUUCCAUCAAAGGUAAUGCGUCUGAUUCCUCUCUCCCCUUGUUUCUCAGGAUGUCUUGGAGUACAAAAAGAAACAGAGGCCCCAGAAGAUCAAGAUGCUGGACGGGGCAGUUAAAACUAUCAUGGUGGAUGACUCUAAAACCGUGGGAGAGCUGCUUGUUACCAUAUGCAGUAGAAUAGGUGGGUAACCUCUCUCCAACUGGACGAGACCCAGUCAACCACUAGCCUUAAAUUAUUAAACAUGGUCCUAUUUUUAGCUCACUGUUACAGCAUCUGCCUUACAGUAUGGAUGCACAUCCCCUACCUUUCAGAACAUGACAAUUAGCUAUGGUACUGGCAUAGUCCAGGUUUUAUAUCAUUUAGAUAUGUUUGAUGGUGUAAAACGUAUUUUUCCCCUCUGUUGAAAUUAUGGGUGGUAAUUGUGAAGCCAUAGACUGUACUGUCCUCUCCUCUCAUGGAGGUGUUCCUUCCCACAGCCAUAUAUUUCAAUUACGCUGGGCUGCGUGUGCCCAAACUCAAUUGGGUGAGGAGAAGAGAGACGUCUGUUUGAUCUAUUUAUUGGCUGGUGUUUGUUUAGAGAGGGCUUUCUGCUUGGCUUCUCCUCUUAUGAAUUCCCACUUUAGUUUUCUGGCUGCUCUCCAGUUUCCCCCACUCUUUUUUCUGGGCAGAGGGAGGUAGAGAGGGAGGACGGAAGAGGCAGGGGAUGGUGCUCUGAUAUGGCACAGCUCAAAGUGCUGGCUCUAUGCUCUAGACUGCUCCCUCUCUGAGAGUUUCCUGGCUGUGUCUCCUUUCAGGAAUCACCAACUACGAGGAGUACUCCCUGCUCCAGGAGGGGGUGGAGGAGAAGAAGGAGGAUGGUCAUGGGACAGGCACCCUGAAGAAGGACAGGACUCUGCUCCGAGACGAGAGGAAGAUGGAGAAGCUCAAAGCCAAACUCCACACAGACGAUGACUGUGAGUUUGAAGAGCACUUCCAAAAGAACCCAAAAUGUGUUGUUAAUAGUCCAGUAUUACAUGCUCCCAGUCAACCUCCCUAGCUAUCUCUCAUUAAUAAAUACAUGUAAGUCCAGUAUCAUCUCAUUUUAACAUGUGCUUUAUAGUACUGUAUCAAUGUUUAAUUAAAUUCAAAUUUUUAUCUUACCACCAUGUGACAGAAACAGGGACGUCACCAGGACCUGGCUUUCGGGGCUAUAGCCCCGAAUGAUUUUGGGUCAGCCCUGAAUCUUUUGCACUGCUGUGAUGGUGUAAAAAAAAAAGAAUUGUCAACUGAAUGAGCCGCUUAGUUCAUAAAGCUGUGAUUAGGUGAAACUCCUGAAGUCAUCCAAUUGUUAUAAUAAGGGGUGUAUAGUGCUUGCAACAGAGUGACUAUGUCUCGCAACAUCACUUAAUGAUUAAUUAGUGUUCUACAUAACAAACCGAAUAUAAUAGCAUAGAUAAUGUUAGGCUACUGUUAGACCAAAAGCAACACGUCAUUUCUUAUGACAAUAAGAUGAUUGUGCUGAAAUGUUGCUUUUUCUUUCUCAUGAGGACAGAACUCAACAGUACACGCCAUAUGCUUUGAUUGAAACAAAAUACAGGUGGCUGUGUUUAACUCCAUCUGCUCUAGAAUUUGAUUAAACAUUAGUUAGGCUACUUAGCCUACAUCAUUCAAGAAGAUCGAAAUGCAUUUUCCCAUGAUACUGAUUGGGAUCAAAUAGUUGGCAUGCAUGCAGCAUGGACGUUUCGCCUGUAAAAUGUGAAUAAUUAUCAUUCACAAUUGUCAGUGAUGAUUGCCUAAUUUAUAAUAAGGUAGGCCUUAUUUGAUGUUUUAGGAUUUAAAAAAAUAGAACAUUUUCAUUGACCCACUUCUGUGUAGGCAUAGGCAAUUGUGCAAUUUGAAUGACGCAUUGUAUGUAUAUUCUAAAAUGAUUUUACACAAUAGGCUACAUGUUGGUACCAACUUUCAUGACGUAAUAAUAAUAAAAAAGUGUGCUCCGGUAGGCUACCUAACAAAAUUGCACUACACCACUGGUUAUAAUACAUGAAAAGCAAUUGCCAUGUGUGGUCAACUGAUAAUUCCAGCACCGUUUUGAUUGGGACAGCAUCAUUGCGCUGCUUUGAGAAAAGUAUGGGAACUCAUCUUGAUAAAUCAAUCAAUGUCCGAUAAUUUUUUUCACUGAAUCUUCGUUUGGAUAUUUGUUUACAAUUAGGCUGGGAAGUGUUAGCUAAGUUGAUGUGAGUUCUCAUGAUCAUUAGUCUAGCAAUUGAAAGCAAUGCAGAUCUUCUCCACACACACAUUAGGCCAAUAGCCUACCUGAUGAGCUUCCCUGAUGUUUUCCUGAACUUUUCAAUAAUCUUCUGAUGCAUUUCAGUCACAGCCUACUGAUCCAAAUGCACAUUUUUACACUUUUCCCAUAAGCUAUUUAAGUCAUUGACAUAUUUUCUUAUUGGUUAAAAGGGUAAUAAGGCCUACAUUGUUUCAAUAACAGUUUAGCUGAAACCACUAUUAGCUUCAUUGACUUACUGAAUUUAUUAUUUUGUAAUUGUAGGGUAGGCUACUUUCUGAUACAUUAUUUUAAAUAUUAUUGUACCAGUAGGCCUACCUACACAAUAACCUCAUAUGGGGUUACUGACCACAAUCCAUUGAAUUAUUAAUAAGAAGUGUUGAUUAUUUGGCCUUGGGGAGAGCAGAGUGCAUGGAAGAAAACCUAGCGCCGCAGAAAUAAAGGAAAUCAUUGAAAAUACUACACCAGAGAGCAUCAUUUAGCCACAGAAGAUCAAUAGCUUCUUUAAAAAAAUUGCUGUAGAUUGAGUUUUGUCACAUUAUGAGCGCGUAAGCCUACAGUCGGGAAUCCCGCAAUUGGGCAGCCCGCGCCGCAAAUAUCAAACAGCUGAUUGUCGAGUUAUGGCUGUCAAUGUGGAUGUCAAUGAACAGCAGGCAGCAGCUAAAAGGUAUUUUGCAAUAUUUCAAAAUACAAUUGAAGGAAAAACUGUUUGGAUAAAUGAGUGCCACUGGAAAGUUGCUGGACUAUAAUUUCCUCAUAUUGUAGGUCUAAGAUCUGUGUAUCCACUCUUUUCAUUGGCCUAUGCUAUUUGUUGCAUUUAAGACAUGGGUCGUUAAUUUUAUUGAUCUCAGUAUGUCAAUAUCAGAGUAGCUUGUCAUUUUGUGUGGUGUAUAUAUAUAUAUUUUUGUAUUAUCAGUCAUGUAAAAUUAAUGUAGAAUUGCAGGAAAUGAUUUUAGAAAAGGCCAUUUCUUUCUCGGACCGGCAAACCCCUUAGCCCCUGGUCUUCAGGACUGAGCCGUGAAUGUUAUGAAACUCCCUGGACAGACAUUUUAUUCUGAAAAGUUUUAAUUCAUAAAUCAUCUUCAAACUGUCACAAAAUCUAUCUUUAGCAGAACAGUAUGCAAAUUACUGCCCUCAUGUUCAGUCGAGAACUUCACUUGGUCAUGAUUAAUUAGUUUGUUUUUAGACAUAAAAAAGUAAAACAGACUUUUUGUCUGUUCUGUCAUUAUUUAUUAUCUAGACCUAUCUGCUUAUUUGACUGUCAGCAUGCCCAAUCCCAGUAGCAGAAGUGUAUGUUUCUCUGUAUACGUACGUGAGUGUGUUUUUCUUUUUCUGUUGCCAGUGAACUGGCUGGACCACAGCCGGACAUUCAGAGAGCAGGGGGUGGAGGAGAGUGAGAUGCUGCUGCUCAGACGCAAGUUCUUCUACUCCGACCAGAAUGUGGACUCACGAGACCCUGUCCAGCUCAACCUCCUCUAUGUACAGGUCAGACCUCUUUUUCUCACCAUGCUCAUUGCUGCCCAGCAUAGAGUAAUACAGCUGUAG